GCAAGAUGGCGGCGAGCGGCCUCCGGCGGGCCGCUGCUGCGGCUCCCACUUCAGUGAAGCCCAUGUUUAGUCGGGACAUGAACGAAGCCAAGCGGAGGGUGCGCGAGUUGUACCGCGCCUGGUAUCGAGAGGUGCCGAACACUGUGAACUUGUUCCAGCUAGACAUCACCGUGAAGCAAGAACGGGAUAAAGUCCGAGAAAUGUUUAUGAAGAAUGCCCACGUCACAGACCCCAGGGUGGUGGACCUUUUGGUUAUUAAGGGAAAGAUGGAACUGGAGGAAACGAUUAACGUAUGGAAGCAGCGGACACACAUCAUGCGGUUCUUCCAUGAAACAGAAGCGCCGAGGCCAAAGGAUUUCCUUUCCAAGUUCUAUGUUGGCCAUGACCCGUGAAGUCAUUCAGGGAAAAGGUGCAUGUUGAUAUUUAAAUAUUUUAGAGCACAAAUAAACUCAGUACGUGAUGGUCA